CAAAGGGCGGAGCUACAAUUAAAAGCACCGUUGCUAUUGGCUGACAGCACAGGUCCACGUGCUCCUGCUCUAUGCCUGCUGCCUGGGACUUUAGAGCCGCACACCAAGCCCGAGCCUCCGCCACUUCUCCCUCCAGAGCUUCGCUGUCCUUCAACCUCCAACUUCCUCGCAUCAAAACAAGUCCAGAUAUUAAAACACCGAAGAAAAGCUCAGCCAUGAAUGACAACAGGCGCCUUUUCAUUUGGCUGCAACUUUUCUCAGCUGCCGCGGUCCUCGGAGUCAACGGUGACUACUGUAAAGUGAAUGUGUGCAGUAAUGGUGGCACUUGUGUGACUGGAGCAGGAGCUCCCUUCAUCUGUAUCUGUCCUGAUGGCUUCUCUGGAGAUACCUGCAACGAGACAGCGAUAGGACCCUGCGUGCCCAACCCCUGCAAAAAUGAUGGCCUCUGCGAGGUGACGGGCCUCACCCGUAGGGGAGACGUCUUCAGUGAAUAUAUCUGCAAGUGUCAGCCGGGCUUUGAAGGAUUCCACUGUCAGAACAGUGUCCAGGGGGCAGAUUUGAAAGAAGAUAUAAAUGACUGUGUAGGUCAGCCAUGUCUGAAUGGUGGCACCUGCAGGGACCUGGAAGGAGAUUUUAAAUGCCACUGCCCGUCUCCGUAUGUGGGCAAACACUGCCAACUGCGCUGCAUCUCUCUGCUCGGCAUGGAGGGUGGAGGCAUCGCCGAGUCCCAGAUCUCAGCCUCAUCAGUGCGUUACACCCUGCUGGGCCUGCAGCGCUGGGGGCCUGAGCUGGCACGACUGCACAACAAGGGACUAGUUAACGCCUGGAGCUCUGCUGCACAUGAUAGAAACCCGUGGAUUCAGAUCAACUUGAAGAGGAAGAUGCGUGUCACUGGAAUCGUCACUCAAGGUGCCAGUCGCAUUGGAUCGGCUGAGUUUAUCAAAGCCUUCAAGGUGGCGUCCAGCCUGGAUGGCAAAACAUACACCAUGUACAGAACGGAAGAAGAGAGAAUGGACCACAUAUUUGUGGGAAAUGUGGACAAUGACAGCACCAAGACCAACCUGUUUGACCCUCCCAUCAUUGCCCAGUACAUGCGCAUCAUUCCCGUGGUUUGUCGCAAGGCCUGCACUCUGCGCAUGGAGUUGGUGGGAUGUGAGCUCAACGUGUAUUCAACCACUCCAGGUUGUUCAGAGCCCAUGGGCAUGAAGUCCAGACUGGUGACCGAUCGUCAGAUUACAGCCUCCAGCACCUUCCGCACCUGGGGCAUCGAGGCCUUCACCUGGCUCCCUCACUACGCUCGGCUGGACAAACAGGGCAAGACUAAUGCUUGGACCGCCGCCACCAACAACCAAUCAGAGUGGCUGCAGGUGGACCUUACAUCUCCUAAGAAGAUAUCAGGGAUCAUCACACAGGGAGCCAAAGACUUCGGCUCCAUCCAGUUCAUCACAGCCUUCAAAGUGGCUCACAGUGACGAUGGGCGGUCCUGGACCGUCGUAAAGGACGAGACCACCAAUAAAGACAGGAUUUUUCCGGGCAACAGUGACAACAACGUUCACAAAAUCAACAUCUUUGACCCGCCCUUCUACUGCCGAUAUGUCCGUGUCCUGCCCUGGGACUGGCACGAGCGCAUCACCCUAAGGAUGGAGCUCCUGGGCUGUGAUGAAUAAAGCAGCCUUUACCACUGUCUCUCCUUCACUUCAUCCCUCUCUCUCUCACUCUCUUUACCUACCUCCUGCCCUCUUGUCACCUCUUGUUUAC